CAGGGAGCAGCGAGGACGGGAGGGGAGCGCCCAUCCCCGCGGCGGCGGCGGCCGCCGCGCUUUCCCCGCGGCGGCGCAGGAGGAUGCGGGGCGGUGCGGGGCUGUGAGCGAUGGAGGGGGCCCUGUACAAGUGGACCAACUACCUGGCGGGUUGGCAGCCUCGGUGGUUUGUUUUAGACAAUGGGAUAUUGUCAUACUAUGAUUCACAAGAUGAUGUUUGCAAAGGCAGCAAAGGAAGUAUAAAGAUGGCUGUGUGUGAAAUAAAAGUUCAUGCAACAGACAACACCAGAAUGGAGCUAAUCAUCCCAGGGGAACAGCAUUUCUAUAUGAAAGCAGUUAAUGCAGCUGAAAGGCAGAGGUGGCUGGUAGCACUGGGGAGUGCAAAAGCCUGUUUAGCAGAUACUAGAACAAAAAAAGAAAAAGAAAUAAGUGAGACCAGUGAAUCUCUUAAAACCAAAAUGUCUGAACUUCGUCUCUACUGUGAUCUUUUAAUGCAGCAAGUACAUACAAUACAAGAAUUUGUUCACCGUGAUGAGACUCGUUCUCCUCCCAGCAUUGAGAACAUGAAUGAAGCCUCUUCCUUGCUUAGUGCCACCUGUAAUACAUUUAUCACAACACUUGAAGAAUGUGUGAAGAUUGCUAAUGCCAAGUUUAAGCCAGAAAUGUUCCAGCUGCCUCACCCUGAUCCCUUGGUUUCUCCUGUGUCACCAUCACCUGUCCAAAUGAUGAAGCGUUCCAUUAGCCACCCUGGUCCUUGUUAUUCAGAAAGGAAUAAUCACUCUGUAAAAGAACCAAUUUCAUCCCUUCACCGAUUAUCACAGCGACGCAGAAGAACAUACUCAGAUACAGAAUCUUACAGUGAUAAUCCCCUGGAAGAUUCUCAGAGAUCUGCUCACUGUUCUAGAAGUGCUGUCAAUGGAGAUCUGGUGGUAUCAUCAACCAUUCCUGAAGAAAAUAGAUCAAUAUCAAACGAAAGAUCUGAACUGGAAGAGACUUUCUCAUCCUUUUCUUCAUGAAGAAAUUGAAAGUAUUCAAUUUUCUAUAAAUAAUGCUAUGCAAAGGCUGCUGUAAUUAUACUGUUGUUAUAGAAAGUAGUCAUUUCCCUUUUUAGAAGGAUUUCUCUGCACUUUAUAGAAUAACAUAAAAACUAUCUUCGAAGUGUAUUUUAUCUUUAUAUCGUUUAUUUGCAAGAGUAUUUUCCUAAUAUUUCACAGUUUGAAUGUGCAUUUUUUGGAACAAAUGAUGGUUUAACAGAUAAGCAUCUACAUUUGUAAAUGUUGCUCUUUUUAAAGUGUGAAGGUCUGACUGAUACAUUAGUAAAUCUACAGGUUAAAAACUUUAGCAAAAAGGUUUAUUUUUUUUGGAGAAAAUGCAAUUUGUGCCAUGGGCCUGCUGGUCAUUUGUACAAGCAAUCUGCCUGGAGCUUUGAUAGCCCUGCAGUGGCUUUUUUGCCUGCGUAAGGGCUGUGGGACUGGGCACUAAUAAGUCUACUCUAGCAGCUUAAUGGUAAUUGACAUUGCCUUCUUUAAAAACACAAGGAUAUACAUAAUCCGGUCCUUAUUUUUAGCCAAUGAAAGUAGAAAUAUUUAGUGUAUUUUUCUAAACAAAAAUAUGAAAAUAACAAUAUGAAGCAUUUGUACCAAGCAUUGGAUAUUUAAUAAUUUUUAUUUAUUUAUUCUUUUUUGCAUCAGAAUUUUUUUACCUAAUUUCACUACUAAAGAUCCGAGGAUCUACUAAAAGCUUCAAAAUGUCCAUAAAUUGUUUCUGGGGUGUGUAGCAUCACAAGUAGCUAAUGCAACAAGGCUAAGAUUUACUCUGCUCACUUGAGAUGUGUUUUUAGCAAAGUAUUAUAGAAGUAAGAGCUGAACCUAUUAGACCAUGAAGCUGCUGUUGAAAUGGAUAUUUGUAUCUAUACAUAUUUUAUUUAUGACAUAUUUAUACAAGAGGAAGCUUGUGAUUUGGUGACUCCUUUAUAUCAUUUCAAGGUGGUAUAAACCAUGAGAUGGAUUCUGCUCUCAGUUACAUCAGUGUAAAUUUGCAUUACUGUAAGUGAGAUCGGAUUCUGACUCUGAAUAAUUCAUGAGUUAUAUAGUAUAACAGUGCCUAUUAGCACCUUGGUCCAUAAGGUUGCUAGAGUUAGCACUGUAAACUUUGGGGGAUUUUUUUUUGGGUAUUCAUUUAGGGAUAAACUUGGUCUAUGAAGUCUUAGCUGUAGAGCACUUUAAGCAAGCCAUUUACUGUUUUUGAUUUACACAAUUCCUAAAUAAAUGCACAGGGUUUUUUGCACUCAAGCACAUACCAAAAUCUGUUUUUAUAAACCAGUCUUUAAUUUGGUCUAUCUUGUCUUCCUUUGGUGUAUAUGAAUAAUUCGGUGUUUUUGAAGCAGUGUGGAAAAGACAGAUGGGCUUGGAAUGGAAAUUUUCAUUAUAAACUUCUGUUACGUUGGUUCAUCUAAAUCAAAAUAGGUCCAAAUGUUAAGGAAAAACAUAGAACCUGUUGCCUGUCUAGCCUAACAGGUUUUGAACCAUUAUGUUGGGGGUCAAAUGGAAUUGAAGGUCUUGUGUGAGUAAAGUUAUUUAUGGAUACCAGCUCAGAGCUGUUACUUGUGCUCAGUUUUCAUGCAACUAGCAUUUGCAUAUCAGCCACACACAUGCUUGUACAUUUUUCCUGAAAUUUUGCUUUAAUGUAUUCUGUAUGACACUUAAGACAAUUGUAAAAAUAAGUAUUAAAGACAUGUUCAGAGAAGUAAACAACA